GCAUUGAAUGACCUAGCGCGCGUGAAUUAACGUUGUUUUCGCAAACGGUGAUUUAAGUUUAAUCAUUUUGCUUGAAGAAUAAUCUAACAUGCCUCUUCCACCAGCCCUUCUUGCUCGACUUCAAAAACGUGGUAUUGUUUCCGCUGAUCCACAAGAGGAAGCUGUGGAGGAAGUUUUUGCAGAGAAUUAUGAUGAAGAAAGUGAACCAGUAUUGCCAGUAUCUUUUGAUCAACCGUUUAACGUUAAGAAAUGUUACACAGUCAGUCCUGUUCCUAUCAUUGAGAAUGGAGUUUUAAUUCAUGAAUGUGCUGAAUGCCCUAAUCAAACUAACCCAUAUCAUAUAUGUUCACCGUACUGUUAUGAACGGUACGGACGAAGAAAGUUCAACACUGAUCUAACAAAUAUUCGUCUCAAAAGCAGAAUGCUGCGUCGUUAUCCACUUCCAAGCCAUUGGAUUGAAGUUGGUGAUCCAGUGACUGGAAGAUUUUAUUACUGGAACACUAAAACAGAUGAUGUAUGCUGGUUGUCUCCAUUACAUCCACGUGCUAAGAUCAGUCAGCCUGGUAGUAUUGUUCGAGCGAAUACGUUGCGUGAACGUGACGCAGCUAGGGCUGCAGCUGAAGCUGCCACUGCCGCAGUUUUCGCCGCAGAACGAAAAGAUUCACGGCGUAGAUCUAGUGAUUCUGAAAGUAAUCGAUCAAGUAGCGGAAGUGAAGAUAAUGAUUCUGAUCAACUAGAAGAAUCCAAACGAUCUAGACGUGAACUAUCUAAAUCUCCUGAACAUGAUACAAAUAGAGUAUUAUUGUUUAAACAACGAAAUAAUUCAUCUCGUUGGCAAGAUGCCGAGUUAGAAAAUACUCACCAACGGAAUAUAUCUAAUGAAUAUAAUGAAUUCAUUCAAUCAACUAAUGAACAUGAAAUUGUAACACAAAAAUUAUCUGAUAUGGCUAAUAAUUUGAACGACUAUAAUCAAUUAGAGAAUGAAGAUGAAGAAUCACCCGAUGGAAUUCCUUUAUCUGACGUCUAUUAUAACAACAACAACAAUAACAACAUUCAUAAUCAGAGUGCUGAAGAAAUGGAUUCUGACUUGAAAAACCCCACGAAUGAGCAUCGACCACCACCACCACCACCACCACCACCACCACCACCACCACCACCACCACCACCAUUACCAAUUAAUCUCAUGUAUCCUCCUCCUCCGACCCAAUGGAUUCAACUACCUAGACCGCCUUUAUUAUUUUCACCACAAGUGAAUAAUCACUCGGAUGAUCGCACUCGUGUUACUACUACUACUACUACUACUACUGCAUCCAGUUGGGAUCGACUAGCAGAUACAUCUGAUAAUAAUAAUAAUAGUAAUAAUAAUCGUUUUAGAUAUAGGGAUAGAGAUAGAAAACGUCGUGCAGCAACUCUUGGACCUUUAGACCCAAUGGACCCAGCGUCUUAUGGUGAUAUACCACGUGGAACAUGGAGUUCAGGUUUAGAAGGAGUUACUGGAGCACCAUCGGCUAAGACAGGUGUCGACAGUACUGCAUCUGGACCAUUAUUUCAACAACGUCCAUACCCUAAUCCUGGUGAUGUUUUACGCGCUAAUGCUGCAGCUAAAGUUCAUGAAGAGGAAAAACAAGAUCAAUCUAGCAAUUGAAGUUUUUACUUCCAAAGUUAUUUUGUACAUUCAUUACUUUGUUUUUCUUCUUCAAUAAAAAUAUACAAUAAUAAAAAGCACCAA